UGGAAAGAGAGAAAAGCCCGAGGGGGUUGGGAAGUAGCAAGGAAUAGAGGUCGCGUUAUAAUAGUGCGCUGGUAAGGGAAAGAGAGCCUGCUUCAUAUAGUACUGGCAAACAGGAAAUGGGGGUCGAAGGGGAGAGGAAUAAUAACACCAACACACUUUUCCAGCUUGUCGAGAGAGGGAAGCAGGGAAGAACGGGUUACCAAGAGCCCAAGCUUCAUAGUCUGACCUAACAACAAAAAAAUUAUAUUGCCAGCCACAGCUAUCAAAUGACAAAACCUCAUCCCUCAGAAACACAUCACGUGCCUGAUAAAAAUCACCUAUUGCUUUUUCUCGCUUGCCUCAGCACGCUUCAUGCCGCCAUGUCUCUUUAUGCUGAGAUCCAUCAUCCAACAGCCCCCUGCGAGAACCUGCGCAGCCAGCAGUGCCGAGCUGAACUGAGCCAAGCCAGCCGCCAUACCACAGCUCUGAAGGCCGUGUCUGAAAUUGGUCCGGUCCCUACGACGCCAGCGACAACGGCCUCUUCUUUUAGAAUGUAUGAAAAGCCCGACAACAAACUGGCAAUCUCAUUAAUGCACCUCCUCUUGAACACUGCCUGGUUCUUGCUCUUUGCAUACACUAUGCAGUGUGCGCAGCUAGAUACAGCUGCCCACUCUGCUCCGUCCAGAUUGCAGCAGAGGUUGGGUCGGAAUGGCCGCCAUGCUGAUCCCAGGGCCGAUGGAGAAAAGGCUGGCAUGGCAGCGAUUCCGACAGUAUUCGGUCACCAGUGACCACUCUUGUCCACGCAAAUCAUGCAAUCAAGACAGCCGGUGUAGCUGUGUUUAGGAUCGUGGUGCCUCUUCACGGCCCACGUCAAUCGACAGGUCCGCCACUCAAAUCUGCUGCCCGAGCUCGACACCAGCAAUCGCCCAGAAUUCUAAUUUUAAACUGUCAUUCUCGUACAAUCCGCUCCACCUUUGCUGCAUCUGUCGAGAGGAUGUGCGCUUUUGUGC